AUGGCUGACAGUGGAAGCUUUGACAUGUGUCAGUGUAUUUGCAGUCGAGAGGCCGCGAUUCGUCGUUUACUGAUACUGCUUCGACAGUCGCAAAACUACUGUACUGAUACGGAGUGUAGUAAUGGAGUUGACCUACCUUCAACUAGUGGCGAAGCCAAAAAUGUCACCAUGAUCGUCAUCAUGUUAUGGCUAGCGCUUGCAAUAGUCCUGUACUUGCUGCGUCCUCCGUCGCUUCGUCGUUCAAACGUUGGUGACAUGAAAACGGAAAGCAACAACAAUCACGUACGGAAUCAACAAUCAGAUCGAUAAUG